CUUGGCACGAUGAAGAAGUUGGUAAUUUUCUUGGCCUUCGCUGUGGCCGCUGGAGGAGCUGCCAAGGAUGAUCCCGAUCACAUCAUCACCAAUGGAAGCCCCGCCUACGAGGGACAGGCGCCCUAUGUGGUGGGCAUGGCCUUCGGGCAGAGCAACCUGUGGUGCAGUGGCACCAUCAUUGGCGACUCCUGGGUUUUGACAUCCGCUCAAUGUUUAGCCGGCAGCUCGGGGGUGACCAUCUACUUCGGAGCCACCCGGCUGAGUCAGGCCCAAUUUGCGGUGACAGUGGGCACUGGAUCCUACAUCACCGGAAGUCAGCAUCUCGCUUUGGUUCGUAUACCCCAAAUUAGCUUCAGCAACCGGGUCAACAAGGUGGCUCUGCCACCGCUGAGGGAUAGAUCCCAGCGCUACGAAAACUGGUGGGCCAAUGUCUGCGGCUGGGGAGUUACCACUUUUAAUAACGGACUAACCGAUGCGCUGCAGUGCGUCGACCUGCAGAUAAUGCCCAACAACGAGUGCUCCGCCUUCUACGGAUCCACCACCGUCUCCGAUCAGAUCCUCUGCACCCGCACUCCCAACGGAAGGUCCACUUGCUACGGCGAUGCCGGAAGUCCGCUGGUCACCAAAUCGGGAUCCACCCUGGUGGGCAUUUCCGCCUUCGUGGCCUCCAACGGCUGCACCUUGGGACUGCCUGCCGGCUUUGCCAGGGUCACCAGCGCACUGGACUGGAUCCGUCAGCGGACCGGCAUUUCUUACUAAGCGGGUCAUGUAGUAGAAGUACCAAAAUAAACAUGUCCUAUGCCUGCACA